AACCGUAGCGCGUGGAGGCCGCCUCACCAUCUCUCCCGCAAAUUCCCCGCCGAGACAAGACAAAGACACGACGAGCUGGACCAUCAGCCAGGCAAGGCAACCACCACCCACCUCCUCCACUCGGCGCAACCAACACCAACCCGAGCAAUGGAGCUCCGCACCCUCGGCGGCACGGGCCUCCGCGUUAGCCCCGUCGGCUUCGGCGCCUCCCCGCUCGGCAACGUCUUCGGCGACGUCCCCCGCGACGUCGCCCGCGCCACCGUCCGCCGCGCCCUCGACCUCGGCAUCAACUUCUUCGACACAUCCCCGUACUACGGCGGCACGGUGUCGGAGUCGGUGCUCGGGGACUGCCUCCGCUUCUCGGGCGUCCCGCGCGACAGCUUCGUGGUCGCCACCAAGUGCGGCCGCUACAAGGAGGGCUUCGACUUCAGCGCCACCCGUGUCACGCGCAGCAUCGACGAGAGCCUCGCGCGCCUCGGGCUCGACUACGUGGACAUCCUUCACUGCCACGACAUCGAGUUCACCAGCCUAGACCAGAUCGUGAACGAGACGAUUCCUGCGCUGCAAAAGAUCAAGGAGAGUGGGAAGGCGCGGUUCAUUGGAAUUACUGGAUUGCCGUUGAGCAUCUUCACCUACGUGCUUGACCGGGUGCCUCCCGGCUCAGUAGAUUUGGUUCUGUCCUACUGCCACUACGGAAUCAAUGAUACCGCGCUGGUGGAUUUGCUACCGUACUUGAAGAGCAAAGGUGUUGGGGUGAUCAGUGCUUCGCCCCUUGCUAUGGGGCUUCUCACGGAUAACGGGCCACCUGAGUGGCACCCUGCACCAGAAGAACUCAAGCUGGCAUGCAGGACAGCAGCAGAUCACUGUAGAAAGAAGGGGAAACAUAUUACAAAGCUAGCCAUGAAGUAUAGCUUGAUGAACAAUGAAAUUUCUACAGUUCUUGUUGGAAUGAACUCUCCAGAACAGGUGGAGGAGAAUGUUGCUGCUGCAGUGGAAUUGUCGACUUCAGGCAUAGAUGAAGAACUUUUGCACGAAGUCGAAGCAAUUCUAGAGCCUGUUAAAAACUUGACCUGGCCCAGUGGUAUUCAGCAAGCGUAAUGUCUGAGUCAACAUUAGCUUAGGCAGAUGAAAUCCAUUGGGAUGAAUAUAUGUGCUAUUAGUUAAUAGAGUCAUAUAUGUUCAUCUGCAGCCUUGCAUGUUGAUUGAAAUGGGAUUAUCCAAGGCAACCAAAUGGAAGACCGUCAUUUGGAAUUUGUGGGUAAUGUUGUUGUCUCUAGUAAUUUAUAUGUGCCUGGGAGCCGACACUAACAAUAAAUGGUGAAUGAUGAUCGAUCAUUGAAUAAAUUGUUCGCAUAUGGCUGGAUA